CAGCUGCUUUGUAUUAGUGAGGCAAAUAACUCGCAAAGUCUAUUAAAAGCCACUGCUCUUGGCUGUGUCUGUGUGAGUGAACAGGUGACAGCAUUGCUGUAAUACAAAGCCAAAAUGAGUGACAAGAAAGACACUAAUGACUUAAGAGAGGCUGGAGACUCAACAGAAAGUGCAGAAUAUGAGGAUGAUUUUGAAAAAGAUCUUGAGUGGUUUAUUAAUGAAGAAAAAGAAGAAGAUGACGACCCUGGGGAAACAGAGAAUGAAGAGGAUGUUGAAACAAAUACUGAUGAAGACAAUGAGGAAAGAAAAGAAUGUGUAGAUCAGCUUCCUCAGCCUGAUGCAGAUCUGAAGGAGAGUCCACCAAAUGAAGAAAAACCUAUAUCCAUACCUGAAGUUAAACCAUUGGAUCAUGCAUCUGAUACUGACAGUGAAAGCUCCAUCCAGGAGUCCAAGCUGGAAAACCAGCAGGAACUGGAUGAGGAAGAUGAUGAAGAAAUAAAGCGUUAUAUUUUGGAAAAGAUCGAAGAAGCCAACAAGCUGCUGGAGAACCAAGAACCUCUAGAUGAGAAUAGAGAAAGGAAACUAAAAUUCAAAGAUAAAUUGGUAGAUUUGGAAGUUCCCCCUCUAGAAGAUACAGAAGCUUAUAAAAAUGAUCCUGAAAGUGAAGAGGAUGUUUCAAGUAGGCUGUCUCAACUGCAUAUUUCUAAUGAGCCAGGACUUCAAAGCAUAUCUUUUUCACUUAAUGGUGGGAAGGAUGAGGAACACAAGGAUGGCAAGAUCCUAGUAGAGAAAGAUGGGAAGUUUGAACUCUUGAGUUUACGUGAUAUUGAAAGCCAUGACUUUUUGCCCCCGAUAAGUGUUUCUUUCACUGACAUUGAAGCUCAGCCUGUUUCUCCGAAGUUUUCCCAUUCCGUUAUUUUUGGCACUCCCAAUCUACCAAAGGAAGAGCCUCUAGUGCAGCCAGGGGUAAAUGCUUUCUUUCCCAUUGGAGAAGAGUUUGUCUGUUUCCCUAAGCCUCCACCUAACCCCAAGUAUCGCCCAAACUCAGCCAUCAACCUUGAAAGAAGUGUGGGAAUGGGAAGAACUCCCCGCAGGGCGCAGUCUGCAAAUGUUCCUUUGAGAAGCUCCAUCUACGGUCUUUCACCCAAACAAAAAGAGAUGCAAAAACAGAUGCAACAAAGGAAAGAGAAACUAAGGAAAGAGGAAGCAGCACAGAAAAAACAACAGGAAGAAGAAAAGAAGAGAGAGAAUGACAUGGUGUUUAGAGCUUGGUUGCAGAAGAAAAAAGAACAAGUGCAGGAAGAGAAGCGAAUUCAGCGUGCAAAGGAACUAGAAGGCUCACAUAGUAGACAGGAGAACAGAGAUCCAGAGGAAGCUUUCAGGUUAUGGCUUAAAAAAAAGCACCAAGAUCAAAUGAAAGAAAAACAAAUGGAAAUCCUUAGACGCCAGGAAGAGUGCCUGUACUUCCUUCCAAGAACAGAAGAACGUGACAGAGCCUUUAAACAAUGGCUAAAAAGAAAGAGAGAGGAAAAGCAAGCAGAGGAACUCGCUGCCAAAGAGCGAUCGAGGCAACUUAGGCUAGAAGCCAGAAGAGCAAAACAAAUCCAGAAUAUCCUCUGCACCAUUUCUGAACCUAAAUCCUUCCGCUUCACGGACCAUUACAGCUGAAGGUUUGAUGUAUCUUGAAUUAGUGUCAGCUGCCAUACUUUAUAUGGCUUGAGCUGCAGCUCUUUAUAGCCGCUGCCCUUUUGUGGUAUUUGAAAAUCUUUUAAAUAAUGGUUUAAAAUUUUUCUCUUAACUGACAAUGUGUUUAUUACUUACCAUUUAUUUAUUUAUUUAUUUAGAAUUUAAAAUGACAAACCUGACUCUGUUGUGUGUAUGACUCAGUGGUGCUCUCAUUGCCACUGAGCCAAAGUGAGAAUAAAUAUCCAUAUAGCUGUGGCAAGUUUGCUUUGCUUCAGUUGUGUUUGGCAUGUUCAUUCAGGGGACAGUGUAAUCUAUAUUUAUCUUUGAAGAGACCACAAUGGACAAAGUGACAUUAUCUCACAGAAGAUUCCAUUUCUGGGCUGAUUAACACCUCACUCAUAUAGCACAGAUUACAUUCUGAACUAUCUUCCUAAUUAACCCUUCCAAAUUGUACUUACUGACAGGAAGUAAAAAGAUGAGUUCUUUCCUUGCCCCCCAUCCUGGUAAAGGGCAGGGGAGAACAUUCUGUGUUAGGGCUCAUUAAUUCAACAGUUUUGCAAGGGUGCUUUAAUUUGUUCCAUGGCUGGUCAUGCAAGAGGUUCAGAUCAGUGUUCUUUCCCUUCUACCUUUAGAAUCUAUUAAUCUAACUGUUGAAGCAGACCAAGCUGGAACAACUUUGGCUCUAAUUUGUCCCCUGUCUUGAUAAUCUUAGUCAUGCUGUUUAUUCCACCAUGUAGGAAUGGCUAUAUUUGUUUGUUUUUUAAAGUGAAAAAACGGUUCAUAUUUACACUAACAGUUUCAACUGAUUUCAUUCUAGUUCCCUGCCCAUACCUUUAGUAAGCACAUAAGCAUGCAUGCUCACAAGUGAUAUUGGCUUUACAGUUCUUCAGCCUGCUCUACACUAUGCUAUUUAAUAAUUUAACCUACUAUUAACUGGCUGGGUCCAAACAUGGUGUGUAUCCAUACCCAAUAUAGUUAACUCCUACUAACAAGGCUUAAGCCUUGCAUACACGGAACAUGGGUCUUUCUGUAACUAAGUCAUAGCUGUCCUGUUGAGUAGAGGGGUUCCUCUAUACACAUUAACUGUGCCUUUGUAACCUGUUUCACUGGUCUGCCUUCCUUUCAGCUACCUAGAGUGCAGUUGGGUGCUCUCACUAAGGCAUUAUAGGAUAAUCAUCUAGAUUUCCAAAAAUGCACUGCUGCAAGUGUGGCUAGGAAGUAUAGUAGGUUUGAGACAGAUGUGUUGGGGAAAGACCUGUUUAGUAGACACAGCUCACAUGUGUGUUAACUAAUUAAUUAUAUUUUUUAAAAAGUUAUUGUUAAAACCUUUAGGUGUGUCUACCAUAGUACAGGAAAAGUUCCUAAAGUACCACUUAAUUUGCUACACUAGCUAAGACUUAAUGGGAGUUGAUUAUUCCAUUGGAAAAAAUUAGGCUUGUUCUUUUCCUGCUUAAAAUGCAAGGCUUCAAAGUAUAACUGACUUAUGCAGCUUUAAAAUAGCUUAAGUAGUAGGGGAAGAGUUAAACAUUUUGUUUAACGAUGUCUGCCAUAGUGACAGAACUAGAGCCUGUUCUACUUUCACAAAGGUAAUUCAUGCUCCCUGUCCACCUUCCCCUCUUUCUCAAUCUUAGUGACAGACUUGGAGCUCAGGAGCUAUUGGAAAGAACUGAGGCAGUCUGCAUACCAUGCUUCCUUUUUAUUGAGGGGAGGGGGCGGGUUGAGAGGGAAGGAGGAGAACAGGGCACAAGAGCAUUCCAAUGGGCACUACUAGUAGAAGGUUCUUUUGUUCCAAGCUGCAACACUGGCACAUCACAAAAGUAUGACUGGGCAGAGGUCAUCUUGAACUCUGGUUACAGGUGACCAACCUUUAUUUAUUUUCCUCACUGCAAUACGCUGACAAAUCCAUCAAUUUAAUACCUGUUUGAGUGUUUUCCCAGUCUGCAAGGGGUGGAGAGAGGAAUCUGUGUCCCUAUGAGGUACACUAGUGCACAAAAACUAAUGCCCAUCAGUUAGUUUCUUUUAAUUCGUGUGGAGUUCAAUCUUUUAUUUCUUAGGCUAUGUCCACACUACUGAGGUAAGUUGACCUAAUCUGUGCAACUCCAGC